AUGGAAGCAAACAAAGAUUCUGCACUUCAUUAUAUUGAACUUGCUGAACAAGCAAUACUUGCUAAUGAUAAUGAACGAGCUUUACGAUAUCUUACAAAAUCUGAAAAUCUUUUUCCUACACAAAAAGCCAAAGAUCUCAUGGAACGACUAAUGCAUGUUAAUUCUCAUUCGACAUCAUCAACCAGUAAUAAUAAAACUUAUGAAUCUACAUCAACAUCUCCACAUAAUGAACAAGAAACAACAAAUGGGCCAUCAUCAAAUACAAGACAUCGAACAACAACACAGUCAACAUCAUCCAGUGAUUAUACUCCUGAAGAAGCACAAGCUGUACGGAAAAUUAAAACAUGCAAAGAUUUAUAUGAAAUUCUCGGUGUUAGUAAAUCAGCAACUGAAGCAGAUCUAAAGAAAGCUUAUCGUAAAUUAGCUCUUCAAUUUCAUCCAGACAAAUGUAAAGCACCUGGUGCUACAGAUGCUUUUAAAGCUAUUGGUAAAGCUUUUUCAAUUUUGAGCGAUCCUAAAAAACGUGAACAAUACGAUCAAUAUGGUCAAGCUAUGGAACCACAAUAUCAUCGUGGUGGACGUACUUCACAACAUUAUUAUUAUUAUGAAGAUGAUGAUGAUUUUUCAGCGGAAGAACUUUUCAAUCUUUUCUUUGGAUAUUCGGGACCAACAUCUCGUACAUAUCGACGUCGUCAACAACAUCCAUUUCAAUUUACUACACAUUCAACACAUAAUACUACACAAAAUACUACACAUACACUUGCACAAUUAUUGCCUUAUUUAUUUCUAUUUCUUAUUUCAAUUAUUGGUACAUUUUUAGUAAGUGAACCUCAAUUUCAAUUACAUCGAACUGGAAAAUAUAAUAAUGCACGUAUGACUCGUUUAUCAAGAAUUGAAUAUUUUGUUAAACAAGAUUUUCAUCCACCAAAAACUGAUGCUGAAUUGGAUAAAUUUGAAUCAUCAGUUGUUGAUGAAUAUGCAUCUGAUUUACGACAUCAAUGUUAUCGUGAACAACAAUAUAAAGAAUCAAUGCUCUGGCGUGCACGAAUGAUGAAUGAUAAUGGAUUAUAUCGUGAAGCACAAAAGCAAGGUACACCAUCGUGUAAUAAAUUAAAUGAUUUUGUACAACGUGGACAUGCUUAG